GCACCCAACGGAGUUCUGCUUUCUCCAAAACUCACACGGAGAAGGAGACCUGUAUUCAUCAAAUUCAUUGGUACUUGGAUUGGAUCCACCUAAGACUGCACAAAUAACACAGAAUGGCGUACCUCAGCAUGGGAGAGGCGCACCGGAGAAUAACUGAUUACCUAAACCGCUUCUCCGAUGCCGUGUUUUCCCAAGACGGACCUUCCCUAAAACAGCUCCUCUCUUUCUCCUCCAACUCUCCCUCUCUCCUCGCCCUUGCCGAUGCCCUCAAUGUCUUCCAGGACGCUAAUAGAUUGAUUAAGCAAUCGGAGAAAUAUUCCCAAUAUGGGGAAAUAAAAGCUCAACUUUUCCGGUCCUCGUAAAAGUUAUCGACUUGGAAACUUGGUGGAUACUUACUCUGCCUUUGAAAAAGCGGCCAAGUAUUGAUUUUUAAAUUUUGAUUUCCUACUUUCAGUUCACUGAACUUGUAAUCAAAAUUUGAUUUCCUACUUUUAAUUCACUGAACUUGUUGUGCUGUAUGAAGUUAAAUAUUAUGAUUAAUUAUUUUUUCUGUGUGCAACUUGUGUAAAUGCAACAAGUUGAAUUUGCUGAUAAAAUUAUCACCUUCCCUUGGC